CUGAGAGACAGGUAUUAUGUUUAAAAUGAUUUGGGCCAGGUCUGGUUGCAUUCUUGAUUUUCUUUCCUGCAAUAGGUGAGAUAACUGGGAGGGUAAGGAAAGUCCAUUGCUUUUUUGAUGGGACUGGCCGGUUAUGCAGAUAGAGGGGAAGCCCCAGCCCAGGGCCUAUUGAUCUCUAAGCGCCUUAAAUUCAAAAUACUCUAUACAAAGGAGUCAUAUUUUGGGGUGAAAUCUCCUGAGCUCCAUCAGCCGACUAUGUGUUGUUAGCUGUGGUGCUAGUGCCGUCUCCUUGUUUGUGACCAUAAAGGUUACCCUGGGGCAGGGAGCGGCCAGGAGUCACAGGGAAUGUCCACUACGUCAAGCCAACUAGAGUGAACAGGAGCAGAAAUAAUGUCCUGGCUGGAGGUUAAUAGCUUAGCCCACCCAAUUAUUUUCUGGAAGAAAUGCCUGUUCAGUUGCCACAGAUACCAGGCAAAACAAACCAACUGCUUCGGCCAGCCAAUCAGAAAGCAUCAGGUUCUAAUCUCAGUCUGUUCAUCUAAACCGUCGUAAAUAAGCCAGGACAAACCAUAUAUGUGAUUUGGAGGAGGAAGGUUGUUUUAUUUAUGUAUGUAUUUAUUUUGAUAAUGCUGUUUUGAACUAUCAAUCAAGUUGCCAUUCCCCCCUUGCAAUCUGCUUGGAUUAAAUCACAAUGAAAGAUUUCUUCAGUUUGCUUGGCACUGGUGUCCACCAGAGCUCCUUACUGCAGGAUCAGGGCAGGGAAAAAACCAGACUGAACCUCCAUGAAAGCCCUUUGCUUCCCCCUCUGCCUUAGGCUUUCUCCUUCCUGUUCUCCACAAGUCCUGCCAAGGACAUAUUUUGCAGAAUAGGGUGUGGUUCUUGUAUGAAUGAAGGGCUGUGAAGGAAUCAGAAUGGACUGUUCAGUUGUUUUCUUCAUAUAGCCACAUUUCGUGCGCGCGUGCGUGCGUGCGUGUGUGUGUGUGUGUGUGUGUGUGUGUGUGUGUGUGUGUGUGUGUUAUGAGAUGGAGAAGUGGCUGUGAGGAAGAAAAAAGGUGGAAUUUAACAUUUCCCUUCGGGAAUAAAUCAACUCAUUUGAAAGCCUGAAGACAAAUGUUUUUCUUUCCCAUUUCUAAGAACAGAAAUAAAAAUAUCAGUUCCUUCGCAGUGUCAGAAGUGUUAAGGUAUUUUUCAAAAGAGCAGCAACAAUAGCAAUAAUCACAGGUAAUGCUUAUGGAACAUACACCAGGUGCCUGGAUUCCUGCUAAACCCUGAACAAGUUAUCCCAUUUAAUCUUCUUAACAACCGUGUGAAAUGGAAGCCACUGUAAUUUACCCUUUCACAGAGGGAGAACGUGGUCCGUAGAGAGGUGAAGUAACUUUACCCUGGUCACCGUGACCAGCUGGGAGUUAGCCAAAUAGAAUGGCUUCAGCAUCUGAACUAGGGAGCUAUAGAAUUAAGGCUCUGGUUUCUAGCUACCAGUAGCUGAAUAACUUUGGAGAGAAUAUUUUUACUGGCCUGUCUCCUCAUCUGUAAAACAAAGGGCUGUGUUGGGUGAUCUCAAAGAGCCCUGACAAUUCUCCUAAUCAAUAUCCAAAUUAUUGCCAUUCAUUCAUACAGUGAACUACAGGAAGUUAAGGGGUGGUGUGGGAUAGGGAGGGGGCAGGGAGGUUGCCGCAUUAUGCACGGAAAUGUUUUCCUAACAGGAGCAGCUGUUCCCAUUGCUGCAUGCCCAGGCAGGUAGGAUAGCAGGGUGACUUCAGAAGUGAGAUGGAAGCAGGACCCACUCCUUGGGCGGCUGCCACAUAUUUUAGUUGGACCACUAACCUUUUCCCCAGAAGGGUCCUUACCACCUGCGUCAACCCCCAGUGCACCCCAGCACUCCACGUGGGCUUGCAGCACGUGAGCUGCGAGAACCCCUCUGUAAUGUGGCCAGACCUGCUCUUCCCGGUUCCUCGGAAUUACACUGACUGAAGCUUCCAGGAAUCUCAAGGCAGCCCUGAAGAUUUCGUUCUUUUUUCAGAGGAAGGAAGUAGGAGAAGGGGGUUGGAUGGGGAGGAGAAUGAGAAGCUUUUGAGUUCCAUGAAAUGACCUCAGAUCUAAAGAUGUCAGGCUUUUAAACUCGACCCAGUGGCUAGUCACUCCACAUAUUAUAGACAAUACUAUGCCAAGAGCUCAAGUCAUCUGAAGCUUUCUCUGUGAAAUGGGAACCAACUUUUGCUCUCUGGGAACAAUGACUAUCACGUUUCUCCCUGACAUGCAAACUAAGGUAUGUUUACUUGAUUAUAUGAUAUCAACACUGACCCUUUAAUGUGAAAAGUCACUCCUAGAUUCCUUCUGCCCUUAUCAUGUGCCCCCAAGGGUGUAAUUCCUGGUUGCCUCUUCCCAUAGUUCAGUACAUACACACACACACACACACACACACACACACACACACACACACACACACACACACCCCACACGUGUUAUGUUACAUCAUUAGAAUCUAAUCUAAUCCAGUGAACCUCACCAUCAAAGAUUUUUUUGCCGCUGAUUAUAUUCUACUUAGACGUGUUACAAAUGCAUUCUUCAUUCUCAGUGUCUGGUGCCCAGGAGUAGAGGGAACACUGAAAGGAAAAGAUGUGGCAGAGAAAUAGGAAGAGAAAUAAAACUUGAGGAGCAAACAUCCUAAAUGCUGUGGCUUCCAAGCACUGCUAGCAGGUUGUGGGGCUAGCCAGAAAAAAAUAGAGCCACUUAUUCUAGAAGGCAUGGAGAAAACGUGAGAAGAGAAGGGAAAUCAGAUCGGAUUGGAUGGAGGGGAGGUGGGGGGAGCCAGAGAAACUCUGCUCCAGUGAAAAGGACCCGUCAUUCCUUCCCAGGAUGUAAUUUGCCGAGAUCCACCACUUGCAUUUCGUAGGUAAAUGAGGCGGCUUGCCCGGGGCUGGGUUGGGCUGGGCUGAGCCUCUGGGAACAGCAGGGAUUUAAGCUCGGAGGAGCCGAGGACCGGAGCGCAGCUGAGAGGCUUCGUCUCCAGCCAGCCCCCAAGGCAUGGACAGGACACUGAAGCGGAGCGUACGUGAGGAUUAAAGGACUCGGGGGAGCAAGCCGGCACUCUGGAGAGGCUGUCAGAAUUCAGGACUGGCAAGAGAGUCAGUCAGUUCAGCCUCUCAGGCUCAUAGUUUCAGGGACUGAUCAUUUCUCAAUCCCUGAAGAGAUUCCUUCCCCAGGGAAGUGAAAAAUAAUGAACUUUUGGAGGUAUUACUUUUUUGCUUUCACUGUGUUCAGUGUGGUUAUUUGUGUGAUAUUUUACAACAGACAGUUGAGCCCACCAAAAAGUUACGAGAAGCUGAACCGUUCCAGAGAAAGGCAUUUCAGAACAGAUGCCUGUAAUUCUGCUUUAGAAGACGAGCCACCCUUUUUGUGGGAAAAUACCUUACCAUUACCUUUGGGAAGUGUCCCCUGCAAGGACUACCUGACCCAGAAUCACUAUAUCACAAGUCCCCUGUCAGAAGAAGAAGUCGCCUUCCCUUUGGCGUAUGUCAUGGUCAUCCACAAGGACUUGGACACUUUUGAAAGGCUCUUCAGGGCUGUCUAUAUGCCCCAAAAUGUCUACUGCGUUCACGUGGAUGAGAAGGCCCCCGCUGAGUUUAAGGAAUCUGUGCGGCAGUUACUGAAUUGUUUCCAAAAUGCUUUUAUUGCGUCAAAGGUAGAGUCUGUGGUCUACGCAGGAAUUUCCAGGCUCCAGGCCGACCUCAACUGCCUGCAAGACCUGGUGGCCUCCCAGGUUCCCUGGAAGUAUGCCAUCAACACCUGUGGGCAAGACUUCCCCCUGAAAACCAACAGGGAAAUAGUUCAGCACCUGAAAGGAUUUAAAGGGAAAAACAUUACCCCAGGGGUGCUGCCCCCCGAUCACGCAAUUGGACGGACCAAGUAUGUCCACCGAGAGCACAUAGGCAAAGAUGGCUCUUUUAUGAGAAAAACGAAAAUUUUGAAAGCCUCACCUCCACAUCAGCUGACCAUCUACUUUGGCACUGCCUAUGUGGCCCUUACCAGAGAGUUUGUCAACUUUGUUUUCCAUGACAAAAGGGCCAUUGAUUUACUGCAGUGGUCAAAAGAUACCUACAGUCCUGACGAGCAUUUCUGGGUGACACUCAGUAGGAUUCCAGGUGUCCCUGGCUCUAUGCCAAACGCAUCCUGGACAGGUAACCUCAGAGCUAUAAAGUGGAUUGACAUGGAAGACAAACACGGAGGCUGCCACGGCCACUACGUACAUGGUAUUUGUAUAUACGGAAAUGGAGACUUAAAAUGGCUGGUAAAUUCGCCAAGCCUGUUUGCUAACAAGUUUGAGCUUAACACGUAUCCCCUUACCGUGGAAUGCCUAGAACUGAGGCUUCGAGAAAGAACCCUCAAUCAGAGUGAAACUGCAAUACAACCCAGCUGGUAUUUUUGAUCUAUGACAACUCAUGACCGAAGGGACAUUGCAGUUUGGAAGAAGAGCUUUUCUUUGUGAGACUUUUGCUUUGGUUGUGUUAAUGGCUUUAGGACCACGGUCAUGGCUUCAGGACCUGGUGACAUGAUUAUACUCAAAAUAUCCACUGGACACUGUGAAAUACGCUAACAGGAUGGCUAGGAGUGAUCCUGGCACUUUGGCCAGUCUUGCUGUUUCCUCACGCUCACCUCUAUAUUAGCUUGUUGUUAUGAUCAAUGUUAAAUUUAAAUGUCGUUAGAUCUCUGCAUCAGAUACUCAUUAUAUAUAAAUGUUGUAAUAAAAAGGAGAAUUAUAGAUAAUACUAUUUAGCAAAAUAAGAAUUAGGUUUCUUUGAAGAAGGAAUCUUUUAUAACACAUUAAUAGUCACCACUCUGCUGAACUAAACAUAAAUAUAGAAACAGCUUUGGGUAACCCCCCAGUUUCCUUUAAAACAUAAGCUACCAGAAUGAGAACAGAUCUUGCUCCUGAGUUUCAACACUAGCAUUUUCAGUUUUCCCACAUCCAAACUUGUGUACAUAGUAUAAAGUCAUUAACAAGAGACAAGAUGUGCUUUAAGACAGAAGUCACUGCUGUUUCAGUAAAAGGACCUCAGGGGAGAUCCCUCAGGGGAACAGAACAUUUCUCUAUUAGAUACCAGAAUGUACUCUGCCCUCUUCCAUGUUUUCCAUUGAGAACACUGAAAAGUCCCUGUAAGAAUGAAGCUAUGUCUACAAGAGGGGUGCUAUUGCAUAGAUCUAGUCUCAAGACUGGAACACUUCAGAAAAAUCACCUUCCUCUACUGUGUACCCCCCUUCAAUAUUAUCUUACUUAUAAAAUACAGACCAAAUUCUACCCUGUGAGGCUUUUAACUACACCAUAGUAUUCUCUGAGUAGCUCUACAAUGCCUGAUGCUAAUAGGAGUUCCUGGAUUUUUUUUUUUUUUUUUUUUUUUUUUGAGACAUAGUCUCACUCUGUGGCCUGGGCUAGAGUGCUAUGACGUCAAGCUAGCUCACAUCAACAUCAAACUCCAGGGCUCAAGUAUUCUCUUGCCUCAGCUUCCUGAGUAGCUGGAACUAUAGGCAUCCACCACCAUGCCC